UCCUAGUAAACAUGGCUGCGUCCAAGCAGAGACUGCUUUGGGUAGUUCUUACUUAUUGGAUUCUGUGGCUACGUUCUACAGUGAGUUUGGAGGGCAGAGAUAGAGGAGUAGGGCCUGGAGGAGAAGGGGAUCAAGGGGCUUGUGGUUGCAGCACCACCAACCGGGCAAGCGGCACAGAAGCAGCCGCGCGGAAAUAUUCCCUGGAGGCUAACGUUUCCAAGCAGCCAAAAAGCGGCCUGGAGAGUGUGCAGUCGAAAGAUGAGGGCAGGCAGAUGGCCUCUAUUCCAGCUGGAGUGUUUACAAUGGGAACUGAUGAGCCAGCUAUACAACAAGAUGGAGAGUGGCCUGCAAGGAGAGUACACAUUGACCAUUUCUUCAUGGAUCGCUAUGAAGUCAGCAAUGCAGAAUUUGAAAAGUUUGGGAAUGCCACUGGCUAUCUUACAGAGGCAGAAAGAUUUGGAGAUUCCUUUGUAUUUGAAGGCAUGUUGACUGAACAAGUGAAGACCACAAUUCAUCAGGCUGUUGCAGUUGCUCCUUGGUGGCUGCCUGUUAAAGGAGCUAAUUGGAAGCACCCUGAGGGCCCUGAUUCUGAUAUCUCAAACAGAAUGGAUCAUCCAGUUCUUCAUGUUUCUUGGAAUGAUGCUGUGGCAUUUUGUACUUGGGCAGGAAAACGGCUGCCAACAGAGGCUGAAUGGGAAUAUAGCUGUCGAGGAGGCCUUGAGAAUAGACUUUUCCCCUGGGGGAACAAGCUUCACCCAAGUGGUCAACACUAUGCUAAUGUCUGGCAGGGAGAAUUCCCUACCAGCAAUACUGGGGAAGAUGGAUACAAAGGAACUGCACCUGUAACAGCAUUCCCUCCAAAUGGUUAUGGCUUGUAUAACAUUGUGGGAAAUGCCUGGGAGUGGACCUCAGAUUGGUGGGAUGUUAAUCAUUCUGCAGAUGAGACAUACAAUCCAAAAGGACCACCGACAGGGACUGACCGAGUGAAGAAAGGUGGAUCCUACAUGUGCCAUAAGUCCUAUUGCUAUAGGUAUCGAUGUGCAGCCCGAAGCCAAAACACUCCUGACAGCUCUGCUUCGAACCUGGGAUUCCGCUGUGCCGCUGACACUUUGCCCAACUACCUAAAAUGACAAAACUGGCAGCUGUGGAGGACUGAGAGAUCUCACCUGAAGCAAGAAGUGCUUUAAGGAAGAAAAUGCAGCUCAGACAAAGAUGAUGUCUUGCUGAAAAAAGAUGAAACUUGAAAAUUCUGAACAUUUUAGCUAGGAACUUUAAUGAAUCUCUGGGAAAAAAUGGAGUGGAUUUCCUUUUAAUUUGUACUCAUGGAAAUAGAACAUUGACAUUUUGA